UUGCAGUAUGUGAAUCAGACAUUCCCGAGAGAAGAUACAUCAGCAAAUUUCCUCCCUCAUAUCAGCGAAAGAGAGCUACCCGAUGUAAAGGAUAAUCGACGUUCGUUCUACGUAUUGGAUACGCAAAGUUUAACGACCAUAAUUUUGCCGUUGAAAAAAUCGAACAGCUGCUCGACGAUAUUUCUUGACGAUUCAACAAUCUCACAGCCAAAUUUGAAGAAUACAAUCAAAUGCAUUUCGUUAGCUGUUUAUUACCAUAUUGCGAAUCGUAAGAAUCGUGGUCACGAACGUCUCAUGGAAAUAUUCGAAGAGCGAUUACAUCCAAUCACGGUAUAUUCACAUAGUUAUCCUUUUACCUUUCAAAAUUAA